AGUCUUGCACAGGUGUACCGGCUCCUCCCCUCCAGUCUUGCACAGGUGUACCGGCUCCUCCCCUCCAGUCUUGCACAGGUGUACCGGCUCCUCCCCUUCAGUCUUGCACAGGUGUACCGGCUCCUCCCCUCCAGUCUUGCACAGGUGUACCGGCUCCUCCCCUCCAGUCUUGCACAGGUGUACCGGCUCCUCCCCUUCAGUCUUGCACAGGUGUACCGGCUCAUCCCCUCCAGUCUUGCACAGGUGUACCGGCUCCUCCCCUCCAGUCUUGCACAGGUGUACCGGCUCCUCCCCUCCAGUUUUGCACAGGUGUACCGGCUCCUCCCCUCCAGUCUUGCACAGGUGUACCAGCUCCUCUCCUGGACUGGAAUGGCUUCCUCUGAUUUCACUGCACACUGUGAGUUUCUCACAAUGUGCAGUAGAAGCUGCCUCAAUUCAGAAAGAGCUCUGCCUCAUUUCCUGACUGGAGGAUGCCCAGGAUCAUCUUGCACUUUCCUCCUCAGCCUGACUCCCUGAUGUACCCCUUUCAUUCAUUGGAUU